AUGCACCGUCUCUCGUUUCAGUCACUCCUUGCCCUCUCGGCCUUGGCUUCGGGCAUUGCCGCCCAUGGCCCACACGGCUCCAACGUCAGCUCGAUCCGCAGCAGCUCUUCAACCUCUGCCAGCUCGUCCUCGUCCAGCGAGAGCUCUUCCAACACUUCGGUCAGCACCACCAGCGCAUCCAGCACCAGCUCGUCCAGCGCCAGCAGCAGCUCUUCCAUCACCACCGAGUUCUCGAGCACCACCACUUCGUCCAGCACCUCUACUUCUUCCACCCCCUCUUCCACGACCAGCAGCGUCGCCGCCCCGGCUUGCACGGACUACUGGUUCGAGAAGAUCAGCCACCAGGGCGUCGCUCCCUUCGGCGGCGCGGGCUACGAGGUCUUCCGCAACGUCAAGGACUACGGCGCCAAGGGCGAUGGCGCCACGGACGACACCGAGGCCAUCAACCGGGCCAUCAGCGACGGCAACCGCUGCGGUCCCGGCUGUACCGGCAGCACGGAAACGCCCGGGCUUGUCUACUUCCCGCCAGGCACCUACAUGGUCUCCUCUCCGAUUAUUGACUUCUACUACACCCAGCUGAUCGGCAAUCCCGGGUGCAUGCCGGUGCUCAAGGCCACUUCGGACUUCAACGGGCGCUGGCUCCUCGACACCAACCAGUACCAGCCAAGCGGCGGGCUGGCCUGGGGCGCGACCAAUGUGUUCUGGCGGCAGGUGGCAAACUUUGUCAUCGACAUCACGAACGUGGACUCGGGGACGCUGAUCUCGGGCAUCCACUGGCCCAGCUCGCAGGCGACGUCGCUCAGCAACAUCGUCUUCAAGUCGUCCGACGCCGCGGGCACCAAGCACCAGGGCCUGUUCAUCGAGGAGGGCUCCGGCGGCUACAUUGGCGACCUGGUCUUCUACGGCGGCGCGCAGGCCCUCUCGAUCGGCAACCAGCAGUUCACCAUGCGCAACAUCAGCGUGCACAACGCCCACACGGCCAUCGAGCAGCUGUGGUCGUGGGGCUGGACGUACAAGGGCGUGAGCAUCAGCAACUGCUCGGUCGGCUUCGAGUUCACCGCCACGGCCACCGACGCCAACACCGGCGCGAAGACGCUCGGCGUCGCCCAGAUCACCAUCCUGGACAGCGAGAUCCGCAACACGCCCGUCGGCAUCACCUACGGCAGCUCGGGCGUCUCUGACCCGCCGGCCGCCAACAGCUUCGUCUUCGAGAACAUGCGGCUCGACAACGUGGCGACGGCCAUCCAGGGGCCCUCGGGCACCGUCCUGGCCGGGUCGUCCGGGCCCUCGGUGAUCGAAGCCUGGGGCCGGGGCCACGAGUACACUCCUUCGUCCUCCGGCGGCCCGACGGCCUUCGAGGGCCCCAUCACGGCCAACGCCCGGCCGGCCUCGCUGGUCGCCGGCACGGCCUUCUACGAGCGGUCUAAGCCGCAGUACGAGAACGUGCCGCUCUCCGAGUUCGUCAGCGCGCGCGACGCCGGCGCCAAGGGCGACGCCACCACCGACGACACGGACGCGCUCAACGCGCUCUUCGCCUCGGCCGCGGCCGCGGGCAAGAUCGUCUACCUCGACGCCGGCAUGUACCUCGUAACCAAGACGGUCCACAUCCCGCCCGGCUCGCGCAUCUUCGGCGAAGCCUUCCCCGUGAUCCUCUCGUCGGGCGCCUUCUUCGCCUCGGCCUCGGACCCGCAACCCGUCGUGCAGGUCGGCACCCCGGGAGGACCCACAGGCCGCAUCGAGUGGUCCAACACGAUCCUCUCGACGCGCGGCGCCCAACCCGGCGCCAUCCUCUUGCAGUACAACCUCGCCUCGCCCACCUCCGAAUCACCCUCCGGCCUGUGGGACGUGCACGUGCGCGUGGGCGGCUUCGCCGGGUCGGACCUCCAACUCGCCCAGUGCGCCAAGACGCCCAACACCACCAUCACCGCGGGCAACCUCGCGCAGGAAUGCAUCGCCGCCUUCAUGAGCAUGCACAUCACCCCGUCUGCCUCGGGCUUGUACCUCGAGAACGUCUGGGUCUGGGUCGCCGACCACGACAUCGAGAUCGGCGCCGACAACCAGCAGAUCACCGUCUACGCCGGCCGCGGCCUGCUCAUCGAGGGGUCCCGCCUCUGGCUGGUGGGGACGAGUGUCGAGCAUCACCAGCUGUACGAGUACCAGCUCGUUGGCGCGCGCGACGUCUUCAUGGGCCAGAUCCAGACCGAGACGGCGUACUACCAGCCCAAUCCGGACGCGUCGCUGCCCUUUGCGCCGCGGGAGGAAUACCAUGAUCCGGUGUUUACUGCCGAUGGCGGGGAGUCCGGGUGGGGGUUGAGGGCGGUGAGCAGUACGGGCGUGCUGGUCUAUGGCGCGGGGCUGUAUAGUUUCUUUGAUAACUAUGAUGUGUCGUGCAGUCAGGUGGGCGAGGGGGCUAGGUGCCAGGCGAGGACGUUCAGUGUGGAGGCGGGGAGUCAGGUCAGGGUGUAUAACCUCAAUACGGUGGGGACCAAGAAGAUGGUGACCGUUGAUGGGGUGGAUGUGGUGGAGUAUGAGGAUAAUAUCGCCGGGUUUGUGCACAGUGUCGCGCUGUUUGGGACGGACUAA